CGAUAGGUAUCGAGCUUUUUGGCAGGUCCGAGAGCAAAGAUGUCCGGUGCAGUGAAUCAGAGUAUUAUCAGUCACUCGGUCAGCCGCGUUUGUGAGUAAAUACCAGCUGGAUGCGUAGCGCGAUUCUGUGACGACGUGCUAACGUGCGAACGUAACAAGCAUCGGAUAAUUCUACAGCUGCAGAGAGAGAACCAGGAAAAUGGGUCUCUUUCCGACUUCCUCGCCUUUCGACGCUGACGUCGAAAAGGCAACUAAUGAGAACAAUGUAACGGAGGAAUGGGGAAAAAUAAUGGAUAUCUGCGACAAAGUAGGCACCUCUAAUCAGAACGCUAAGGACUGUUUGCGUUCUAUCGUUAAGAGAUUGUAUUGUCAAGAUCCACAUGUUGUCAUGCAAGCUAUAACAUUAUUAGAUGCUUGCGCCAGUAACUGUGGAAAGGUCUUUCACUUGGAGAUUGCAUCUAGAGAAUUUGAAAGUGAUUUAAGGAAGCUCAUUAAUCAUCCACAACCAAAAAUAGUGGAUAAAAUCAAAGCGCUUUUGAAAAAAUGGGUAGAAGGUGAUUUUAAGACAGAUUCACAAUUGAAUUUGAUCCCAAGUUUAUAUAACAAACUCAAAAGCGAAGGCCAUGACUUUUCUUCUGUCUCAGAUACGCCAAAACGUUCUAGUGCUCUGAGCAGAGAUCCUAACGUAGUAACAAAUUCGCAAGAAGAAGCGGAUAUUGCGAAAGCCAUACAGCUCUCAUUGCAAGAAAGUAAAGUGCAUACUCAAAGCACUUCGUCGCAUAGUUCGCCAGCUUCUGAGAAGAAUUCUAGUUUAUAUCCUAGUAUGAAUUCUAUGCUUGGAUCUUCAAGUACUUCGGAAGGCAGAAAAGUACGUGCUCUGUAUGAUUUUGAAGCUGCGGAGGAUAAUGAACUGACAUUCUUAGCAGGAGAAAUAAUUAAUAUCUUGGAUGAUUCUGAUCCGAAUUGGUGGAAAGGUAGCAAUCAAAGAGGCGAAGGCCUUUUCCCCUCUAAUUUUGUUACUGCUGAUCUAUCUGUUGAGCCUGAAGAGUUUACAAAAUUGGAACAUAGUAACAAGAAGUUAGUACAAUUUGCGGAAGAAGUAGAAGUAAAGAUGGUAAAACGUGAACCAGAAAUUGUGGAAGUUGAAAUAGAUGAAAAGAAAAUGGAUAGAUUAUUACAUCUGCUUCACGAAGCUGAUCCACAAUGCAAUACUUCUGAUCCUCAGGAAAUGCUUGAUUUAGAAGAACAAGUUACGGCAAUGGGGCCUUUGAUUGAUGCAGCUUUAGAAAAAGUAGAUAGGCGGCAUGCACAGCUUACUCAAUUAAGUUCUGAUUUAGUCGACGCUCUUAAUUUAUACCAUACGCUAAUGAGAGAACCCGCGCCUCCAACACCAUCUGGUUACACUCUGCCGAAAAUGCAACCACAUAUAAGUCCUUAUCCAUUCCACAAUCCAGGACCACCACCACCGCAUAUGUUUAACGGUAUGCCGCCUUCUCCAUUUCCCACUGGAGCGGGUUCCGGUCCGGUAGGACCAUAUAACACGAAUUUAUCGAGUAACGAAUAUAUGGGUCCUGCCAGUAUGCCGAACAUGACUUUACCGCAACAUUUUCAUGUUCAAUCGAGCCCUCAUCAACAACCGUCUGGACAUAUACAGGGGCCACCUCUACCACCGCCUGAUCAAACUAGCCUUCCUUAUCAACCACAAGGUGAUAACUCAAUAUUACACAGGUAUCCACCUCAGAGUGGUCCUGCACCAGGGCCGUAUGGUCCACCUGGACCUACAGGACCAUCUGUAAACCAGCAAUCGCAAUAUGCUCCACCAAACGGGCAGCACAUGAUGUAAAGCAAAGUUACGAAUUCACCUUGUACUCUAACUCAAAACUGUAUAAUAUUACUAUCUCAUAAUUAUUUAAAUAAACAUACCCAAAGUAGCCAAAGAUGGGUUUUUAAUAAAAGUUUUACGUUUGAAUCUAAAUGUAGGCUGUCUACUGUUUAGGUGCGACUAGAAGAGAGCGAACGCAGAAAGUGACUUACGUUGCCUACCAAACAUUUACAUUAGUUUUGUAAUUGUUACAUAUUUAUUGCUCAGACUGUUCAAUUUUAGUUUAUACAUUCCUUCGGCUCAUUUGAUUUCCGUUGUUAUUGUUGUAUGAAUUUAAUUCAUGAUCAAUGUUUACUAAAUAUUUGUAUAAUUGUAUCCGUACAGAUAUCACAAUGAGUAUGCGAGUGUCGCAUUUCUAUAUGCAUUAUUUUAAAAAUACUUCUAUUAUAGUUACACAGAAAUAAAUUCUUCAUGCUUUGUUCUAUGCCUAAGUUGUAAGCAUUGUCACAUGUGUCAUAAAUUGUAAAUUUCACAUUUUGAAUAAUACAGGUUUGCAAUGUCCUAAGCUACGUGAUGGGUUUUGGCGUGAAUGGAAAAUUCGAGGAAUGUUUUAUAGUUUUCUACUCUGCCAUUGCGCCUCGGGAAAGUAAUUACAGAACAGGGACUGCAGCUAGGAAUACCAAGCGAUAUUAUUUCAGGGGUAUUAUAAUCGCAGUGUGUUAAGACGCUUAUAAUUAUCGAGCAACGAUCGAAACAAUUUUCGAAAUAAUUUUUGCAAGAAAACGUCACAUUAUUAUGGUCUAGUCUACCCAUGUAUAGUAAUACAUAUUCCUAUUAAUCACUUACAAAAACAGCGAGAAACUUUUUAUGAAUUGUUAAUGCAUGUGAUAGCAUUAUAUUUGUAUAUUCAUGACGAAACGUCCUGCCUCUGAUAAAUCUAACGAAAAUGACUAAUGCUAUUUGAAUUGGUAUUCACGACAUACAUUAAAAUUGUCAUUACAAUAUUGUCAUUUUCUAGGAACACAGGGCAUAUCGGCAUGAUCGUUAAAGGCGCUCGGCUUCUCAUAUAAAUGUAAGAAGAGUACACAAUGGCAAUGGUGGUAAAACUUACGCUUUAAAUCUAGGUGAAAACGUCAUCUUUGGUGCAAAACGCAUCGAUGUCUUGUAAUAGUUAUAUACUGUACAUUGUACGUGUAUCUAAGCGAAUGAAGGCGGAAACGAGAGAAAUGACAGCUUUUACGGAGAGUAGAUGCAAUCUAUGCUGUGUAUAUUACGUUACCAUUAAACUGGCUUUAUUUACAUAAUCAA